ACUAUAUAUAUAUAGAUGGAUAGAUCACUGAAAGUAAUAUCAUCACUUAUAUUCAUUCAUUGCUCUGAAGAAGAUAUAUAUCUUCAAUUCGUUCUUCAGAAAUUAAGUCGGAAAUUAUUAAUAAAAAUGGAAUAUAUUCACAUGAAGGGAGGCGAUGAGGACACCAGCUACGCUAGAAACUCCACUUUCCAGAGGAAUCUAAUGUCAAAGUCCAGUUCAAAACUGGAAGAAGCUGUCAGAAAAGUAGUCUUAUUAUGUCUGAACCAGAAAACCCUAAUUUCCAGCAGCAUAGGCGUGGCUGAUCUUGGCUGCGCUUCAGGCCCCAACGCUUUCAUCCUUCUCUCCGACAUUAUCCACGCCAUAAAUAAAAUUUGUUCAUCUGAUGAGAUCGAAUUACUGCCCGAACUCAGGUUGUCGCUCAACGACCUCCCCGGCAACGAUUUCAACAGCAUCUUCGCUUCGUUGCCCGAUUUUUACAGUACAAUCAAACCCGACAAUGGCGGAAUUGGCGGCUGCUUCGUUUCUUGUGUCGCCGGAACUUUUUACGGCCGGCUGUUCCCCCGACGUAGCCUCCAUCUUGUCCACUCUUCCACCAGCCUCCAUUGGCUUUCUCAGGUUCCGCCGGAGUUGCAGAACUCCGGCGAACAUUUGAACAAAGGAAAUACUUACAUAAGCAAGAGUAGUGCGGAGUGCGUAAGGGAAGCUUAUCUCCGGCAGUUUCAGAAAGACUUCUUCUCAUUUCUCCGAUGCCGCGCCGACGAGAUGGUGCCCGGCGGGCAGAUGGUGCUCUCGUUCAUCGGGCGGGUCUCACCCGACCCGGCUGCCCCGGAGGCUGCCCAGGCGUGGGAAAUCCUCGCCCAGGCACUCAUCACCAUGGCUUCACGGGGGAAACUCGAAGAGGAGAAAAUCGACGCAUUUAAUGCGCCGUACUACGCGGCGUCCGCGGCGGAAGUGGAAGCUGUGAUCCUACAGGAAGGUUCCUUCGCGGCGGACUGCCUGCAAGAAUACGAGGUUCGUUGGGAUCAAGGUUUCCAUGACGAUGGCGAUCAGUCAAGAGUGUUGAUGACGAAGGGGCAAAGAUUUGGGAGAAUGGCGAGGGCAGUAGCGGAGCCCAUGAUCGAAUGGAGCUUUGGAUUUGGAGAAGACGAUAUGGAUGAAUUGUUUCAGGUGUAUGAUAACCUCGUCGAUGAUCACUUCGCCGGCGCCGGCGCCGCCGCGCCCUACUUCAUCAAUUUGCAUCUGUCUCUUACGAGGAAGGAUAAUUAAUUAAUUGAGGUAUUAGAUAAAAUUAGGUAAUAACAAUGGACGCAGUGAAAUUUUCUUAAAAAUAGUAAAUAAUAUGGCCCAGGUCUCGAACCUGCGACCUUCGCGUUAUUAGCACGACGCUCUAACCAGCUGAGCUAAUAGGCCAAGUUGUUACUAAGAUCUGUGUAAUAUUUAAAUAAAUGUUAUUCUGUUUAUUGUUAAA